UUGUGACUGCCAGUAGUUUCGUAAGGUGUAACUUGUCUGGACAGAAUAGGUGAGCGGAGUCUGCUCUCCUUUACCCCGGUGCAUCUGAGACAGUAUGCUCGGCCAGUCCCCUCAUCUUAUCGGAGGCAUCUUGUGGAUUCAGAAUCCAAUGAGAGCUGUUCACUGCAACCUGAGCCAGAAUGGAAUUGACCAUCAGAUGUGUCCGGAGGACGUGACAUCACAGCUGGAGGAAGAGGAGGAGUCUGUGGACCGGGCGGCGGCACCGCUGGACGAUGACAGCCUGAGCUACCGGGAUGUCAGCCCCCCCGGGUACCAGCGUCGCUCGCCACCCCACCGCUCUGUCUCAGAAUCAGAGCUGACACGGCCGGGGUAUGUGAAGCUAUCAAAGCCGGUAGCCCUAUGGACCCAACAGGAUGUGUGUAAAUGGCUGAAGAAACACUGUCCUAACCAGCACCAGAUCUACAGUGACUCCUUCAAACAACAUGACAUUACAGGGCGAGCUCUGAUGAGACUGACGGACAGGAAACUGGAGCGAAUGGGCAUUAUGCAGGAAGCUCAGAGGCAGCACAUCUUGCAGCAAGUCCUACAGCUUCGUGUCCGAGAGGAAGUCAGGACCCUUCAGCUUCUCACACAAGCCUCCCUGGAGUGUGAUCCGUCUUCACCGUAGCCUGCCCCCCGGCGGGACGGCGGGACACCCUCAGACCUUCCACUUUCCAUGAAGACCCACAGUGUGUAACAACAAAC